CCAUGAUUCAGGCACGAUCUAGCCCGUAGCAGCUGGGAAGGCAAGUUGAGGUUGCGUGCCGCCGCGCCCGGCCCUCGUCUCACGCUCAUGUGACCGGCACGAUUUGAUGGCAUCUCUCCUGGGCGACCAUCUUGUUUUGAGUUGUACCACCCAGCAGCAGCAAGAGACCGCCGCAUGCCAUUGACGUCUCCGUUUCGCAGCCCGCCCUCAGAAUAGCAAGACGCUCCGAACGAGAAGCGUCCCGGAACCCUUCUUUUUUUUUUGGCCUUCGCCCCAUCUAAACAGUCUCCGUCCCAUCCUCUGUCAUCUGCAGCCGAGACCCGCCAGAGCCCAUCUUUUGCCUCUCCCCCCGCCUUUUGCUCCAGCAGCGCGCAGUCGGGGAGCCGUUCCUCCAGAUUUUUUUCUGGCGUUUUUCUCUGUCUUUUGAGGCCCGCCGAGCCGACGUCAUCGCAGUCCCCUUCCUUCCCCCUCAUCGUCAUCAUGGGCGACCUCACGUCCUCGGGCCGCGGCGGCGCGGGCAACAUAGUGGACAAGGCCAAGUCGCCUGCCAUCGAGCCCAAGGACCUCGAGACCCCGACCUUGAAGACGUCGGUUGUCACCACUGGCCGCGGCGGCACUGGCAACAUGGCCAAGAACACCGACCCGGCCGAGACCCGCGCUCUUCAGGACGUCGAGCCUGUCAGCCUCCAGGAAAACACGGGUGCUACCCAUAUCGGCCGCGGCGGCGACGGCAACGUCGUCAAGCCAAAAGCCGAUCAGCCCGAGGGCGGGGACGGCAAGGAGCUCUCCCGGACGAAGAGCGCCGCCGAUGCCGCGGCGCCGCAGGACCCGGCGGACGCCAAGAAGGAGAAGGAGAGCCUGGCCUCCAAGGGAAAGCAGUGGCUCCUGGGAAAGAAGUAAAAAUCUGGUUCCUGCGUUUUUUGUCGAACGCAAUGCUGUUUUUUUCUUGGUGGGCAUGUGUCUCUCUAUCGACAUGACAUAGAUAAGCCGCCAUCGGAUUGGGAGGCCGACGUCGUGUCAGUGGGCUUAUCAACAGCUGGGUUGGCCAGUGAUAAGAAGUUAAUGUGCUGUUAUCAAGGGAGGAUGACCAAGCCACUGCUUCUGGGAGCCUCGGUACCAAUAUGUAGCUCGACCGGGAUUGCGACGGCUAGUGUCCGUUGUAAUAAGAAUUCCAUGAGAGUAGUAGUGUCUUUGAGGAUGCUCGCCGAGUACUGCGUGAGGAGAUGAAAGACGGGUGUGAUGGAUACGUAUUUUCGGGCGCCAGUCAUGGGCAGGGUGCCAUUUUGUCAUGUGCGAUCAGGGGUAGUAGUUUACGGCCCUCGAUGUGAGUCACAGGUACCAACCUACCUUCACAUUC